AUGACGUCUCAAGGAGAAUCAGCAACCACGAUUUUAUGUUCGUGUAAACAAACAAGAUUUCAUAUUGAGAAUCCGCUUGAUAUUGAAGGCUUAAACAUCACUGUUACAUCUUUGGGGAAAUCUGGUGUAAAACCAAAAGGUAAAUCUCGAGCAGAUGGACUUGAGAUUUUAUCAAAUGCAAGUUUAAAACUUAAGGCUGGAAUAUUUUAUGCAUUGAUUGGGAGAAAUGGGACGGGAAAAUCCACGUUGUUGAAAGCCAUUGCAGAGAAAUUGAUUCCGGGCAUUCCUCUACAGACCAGGAUUUCUAUCUUGCAACAAACAGAUGCGGAUUCGAAAGAUGCCGACCAAAACAAGGGGGUUGGAGAGAAUGUUGAGUCCGUUGAAAAGAUGAAAAGCAAGCUGUCGGUGUUGGAAGGAGUUAUUGACAAGGCCACAUCAAGAAGUUCAGUUCAACAUGAAAUUGAUGUACUGUCGGAAGCUGUGGAUAGCCAAGGAGAUUUAUUGACGCCUAUACGGGCUUUCCGGCAAGUACAGCACGAAAGACUGAAGAAGGAGAUUUUUGAGAAGGACAAAGAUGCUAGACUCAGGAGUGGAACUCGUGGUAUGGCGGCACGAAAAGCAUUGAUUGCCUUUGAGAAGACGGUUGCAGAUUCCGAGGAACUUAUCAAUCAAAAAGAUGAAGAUAUAGACGAAACCACAAUCAAAGAAGAAACAGACCUAGCAGCGGAGCUUCUUGCAGAGCUACAACUACAGCUAGAGCCUACCAGACUUGCAGAUAUCGAGAUAAAGGCACGAAGUAUUCUCGCCGGUCUGGGAUUUCCCAAAGUAUAUUUGGAUAGACCAGUCAAUACUCUAUCCGGAGGAUGGAGAAUACGCACAAAUCUAGCAUCGGUACUCUUUCAACCAAGCGAUAUUCUAAUUCUCGAUGAACCCACUAACUUUCUCGAUCUUCUCGGCAUAAUCUGGCUACAGAAGUACCUCGAGAACCUCAAAUACUCCGCACCCAAUCCGCCAACCAUCAUAAUCGUCUCCCACGAUCGCGAUUUCAUCACCGCCACAUCCCAAGAACUCGUAAUCCUCCGCUCUCAAACACUCACCUACUUCCGCGGUUCCCUCUCUACAUAUGAAUCUUCGAUUCGCGAAAGAACUCUCUACCUACUCCGCAUGCACGAUGCCCAAGAAAGACAAAAGUCCCACAUGCAACAGACCAUCCAACAAAACAUUAAACAAGGAAAAGCAGCCGGCGAUGAAAAUAAACUCCGCCAAGCCAAAUCCCGCCAGAAGAAGUUAGAUAACAGAAUGGGCAUGGAAGUUAGUGCCAAAGGAACAAGGUUCAAACUAAACCGCGACCUAAGCGGUUACCAUUUGAAAGCUAGAGAAGAUAUUGAGAUUCCGCCUGAGGAUAAAGGUAUCUCGAUGAUGUUUCCACCAACUCCUGAUUUGCGGUUUCCGGGCCCAUUAACCUCGCUGGAAAAUGUCUCGUUUCGAUAUCCUGCUACUUUGAAAGCUACUUCAGCCCCGUUUGUUUUGGAGAAUGUCAAUAUAACGAUUCAUAUGGGUGAUCGAAUUGGAAUUUUGGGCUUAAACGGAAGUGGGAAAUCCACGCUUCUUUCGUUACUUACGGGGACUGCGAAACCUACCAAGGGAGCUGUGACGAGACAUCCAAGACUGAAGUUAGCGUAUUACUCUCAACAUUCAGUCGAGGAUCUUCAAACUCUCUCGCAUACCUCACCAGAACUUACAGCCCUCUCACUCAUGACUUCAGAUGUGGAUGGUUUGCUCAAUGAACAAGAAAUCCGCGGGAUUCUAGGUCGAUUGGGCUUGCAAGGUCGAAUCGCAUCAGAUGUCCCGAUCAAUAAACUCUCUGGUGGACAGCUUGUAAGAUUAGCAUUAGCGAGGCUGGUAUGGAAGGAACCGCAGUUAUUGGUGCUAGACGAAGUUACGACACAUUUGGAUUUUUGGACCGUAAGGGCCUUGGGAGAGGCGGUGAGGGGGUGGAAUGGAGGAGUUGUGGUGGUGAGUCAUGAUAGGUGGUUGGUGAGGAAGGUAGUUGAGGGGUGGAAAGAUGGCGAUGAGGAGGAGGAGGGAAAUGAGGAUGAGGAGGAAGAGGAGCAGAGGAGGAGAUUGGUUUAUGUGGUUAAGGGGGGCGGGAUGAAGGUACUUGAGGGUGGUGUGGGGGAGUUUGAGAAGAGUCUGGAAAAGAGAGUUGAGAAAUUGAUGAAGUGA